CGGCCCCACAGUUUGCUCACUUCACGUUAUCUUAUGUAUGAAACGUAGUAUCUAUACGUGUCUAUUGUUUAGCAACCCCCAUUAACAAAACCUAAUAUUUCUUGGCGCUAUAAAGGUCACUAGUCGAAUAGAGGCUGUUGUAGUCAGGCUAUGUUUUCGUCCGGUCGUUCCUGGUAUUUUUGCUUCUUGUUGGAUCAAAUAUAGUGCCCGUCAUUUAUCGGAACGCGAGUUAAAACAUAGUGAGCAAGAAACUAACUGUACGCCUGUGGAUGUUUGUUGAUGUGACCAUCGAGCGAUCGCGGCAAAAUUUAAAUAUUCAUAAAUUAACAAUAUUGCAUGUUUCUAGCCAUGUAACCAAUACCCAUCGAAACUAUAAGUUUGAUGUGAACUAAUUGCAAUUCUAAAUCGCACCUGUCUAAACAAUUAUAAUUCAAGCAAGUGAAUUACACGCAAGACAAUAAAUAUAUCAAGGUGACCGCGAGUUAUUCGCUAGCAUUAUUAUAUUUACAGCCGGAAAUCAUAAAGCGGCACCACGUUUCGCCACGGAAAAUUACGUUAUUCAAAUCAUUUUCCAUCAAGAGGUUCACCAUUGAAUGCUCGAGGACAGUCAGUAAAAGCAACGUCAUUGAGCCGAAUCGAAGCCUCGCCAAGAGUGUCUGCGGGGUCGGAGUGUGGACAUGGCGUAGCCGGUGCGGCCGUCGGCGGCGGCGGCGGCGGCGGCGGCGUCCGCCCUGGUUACGGCUAUGAAGCGCUCUCGGCUGCCAGCGACGGCAGCGAGGGUGAGCCCGACGACGGCCCAGAAUACACCGCUUUCGAUAUGGAACUAUCAGGAGGUGGAGAAUCUGCGGAAGUCCCUUCGUCACGAGGUUCCACUAAAGUUAAUUUCCCUCCUGAAGUUGAAUUGGAACGGCGACCUACUACGACUGCCUCCGUGGCUGCCUACCAUCGAGGUCGAGGUCGGUCAAUGAGUGCUUGGAGUGACAUCAGCCGAUCGAGCAUACGCUUUGAAGAGAGGGUCCGCGUGGAGUACUACGUUAAUGAGAACACUUUCAAAGAAAGACUGCAACUAUAUUUUAUAAAAAAUCAACGAUCGAGUUUACGCAUUAGAAUAGCGAACUUAUUUUUCAAACUGUUGGCCUGCGUGCUGUACAUUUUCCGUGUCUGCGCUGAUGGAGACCCCAUAUCUGCUACUUGUUAUGGCUGUAUACCAGGCAAUAAGACUGAAUUCGAAUAUUCGGCUAACUUGACAGAGGAGGAGUUCCAAGAGCAUCCUAUUAUCAACUGGGACGGAAUAAUAUGGGUCAAUAGACCGUUGUAUUUGUGGAUAGUGCAAGUCAUAUUGGCUAUGAUAUCUUUCACUGAAGCUAUAUUACUAGCCUACCUUGGGUACAAGGGAAAUAUAUGGCAACAAAUUCUAUCGUUUCACUUCAUAUUAGAAAUGGUGAAUACGAUACCAUUUGCCUUGACGUUGCCGUUCCCGCCUCUGCGCAACCUUUUCAUACCAGUAUUUCUGAACUGCUGGCUAGCCAAGCGAUCAUUGGAAAAUAUGUUUAACGAUCUACAUCGAGCGAUGCAGAAAUCACAAUCAGCACUAUCUCAGCAAUUAAUGAUACUAUGCGUCACAUUACUGUGUCUUGUGUUCACUAGCGUAUGCGGCAUCCAACACUUUCAAAGAGCUGGUCACCGCCAUUUAAAUUUAUUUCAGGCGACAUACUUUGUCGUUGUAACAUUUUCUACUGUGGGAUAUGGUGACUUUGUUCCCGAUAUCUGGCCAUCACAAUUAUAUAUGGUGAUAAUGAUAGGAGUUGCUCUAGUAGUAUUACCUACUCAGUUCGAGCAACUGGCUUUUACUUGGAUGGAGAGACAAAAACUUGGAGGCUCUUACUCGUCACACCGAGCUCAGUCCGAGAAGCACGUCGUUGUUUGUUCCACUACACUGCACGCCGACACAAUAAUGGAUUUUCUAAAUGAAUUUUACGCUCAUCCUUUACUUCAAGAUUAUUACGUAGUUUUACUAUCUCCUAUGGAGUUGGACACAACUAUGCGAAUGAUAUUACAGGUUCCGAUAUGGGCGCAGAGAGUUAUAUAUAUCCAAGGUUCAUGUCUGAAAGAUACAGAUUUAAUAAGAGCUAGAAUGAACGAAGCAGAAGCAUGCUUUGUCCUAGCAGCUCGAAAUUAUGCCGAUAAAACGGCAGCGGACGAACACACUAUUUUAAGGUCUUGGGCUGUAAAAGAUUUUGCGCCAGAUGUACCCCAGUAUGUGCAAAUAUUCAGACCUGAAAACAAAUUACAUGUGAAAUUUGCUGAAUUUGUGGUUUGCGAGGACGAGUUCAAAUAUGCUCUAUUAGCAAACAAUUGCACUUGCCCUGGAGCAUCUACUCUUGUAACUCUACUUCUCCAUACAAGCAGAGGACAGGAAGGCCAACAAUCACAAGAAGAAUGGCAUCGCCUAUAUGGAAAAUGCUCUGGAAACGAAAUUUAUCAUAUAGUUUUAGGUGACAGCCGGUUUUUUGGAGAAUAUGCGGGAAAAAGUUUUACUUAUGCAAGUUUUCAUUCCCAUAGAAAGUAUGGAGUAGCUUUAGUCGGUGUACGCCCUGCUGAGUUGCCAGAAUUUUAUGAAGAUACAAUCUUAUUGAACCCUGGCCCAAGGCAUAUUAUGAAAAGCAGUGACACGUGCUACUAUAUGAGUAUCACAAAAGAAGAAAAUUCAGCAUUCGUAGUAGCGGAAAGACAAACUGAAAAUAAAUCAGCUAUUCCUAAAGACCAGACUGCCUGUAGUCUUUUAUCAACCGAGAAGAAAUGCGGCGACGCAGAGGAGGGUACUGUCCAGCAUAAGAAACCAGACGGUAGUAACGUGGCUCAAUACGAACUUCCACAAGUGAUUCUCCAAGCUCCCGCGAGUUCCACACCAAACGCAUCGCCAUCACGCAUCAACCAAGCUAAUACUGUUUCAUCUGCUAAUAUUACUGUUGCUAGCUCGAAAUAUGGCGAAGGCACGUCAACAGACUCUAGAUCGUGCCUAAAGGAUUCACCGGGCACUGAUAGUGCUACUGACAGUCAUUUACUUUUGCCAAAGCCAGACAAUAGUAACUUUUUAAGUCCAGAUGCUUUAAAUUAUCGUAGAGGAAGUCGACGUCCUUCUAUAUUACCUGUGCCAGAUAUGGUGAGCAGCCAUAAUAUAGCUCCUGACAAUCAAGACGAGGAACCCGAGGGCGAUGAAAGUGAAGAUGAAUUAGAGGACGAUGUUCCAUGGAGGUCGCCUUCUGAAAAAAUUGCUGACGACUUAACGGCGAGUUCCUUCUCCUCGCUGGCAGGCAGCGACAUCGUUCACAGUCACAGCGCCUGGCGAACUGACUUCACCAGGAUUGUCAAAGGAUUCCCGCCUGUGUCGCCUUUUAUCGGUGUAAGCCCAACUUUGUGUUAUCUACUGAAGGAGAAAAAGCCAUUAUGUUGUUUGCAAUUAGCACAAGUAUGCGAACAUUGCGCAUAUAGAAAUGCCAAAGAAUAUCAAUGGCAAAACAAAACUAUUAUCCUCGCCGCUGAUUUUGCAUCAAAUGGGAUUUACAACUUUAUCAUUCCAUUACGAGCUCACUUUAGAUCCAAGACAUCCCUAAAUCCCAUAAUUUUGCUUCUGGAGCGACGGCCGGAUAUAGCAUUCUUAGACGCUAUAUCUUAUUUCCCUCUAGUUUACUGGAUGCUAGGAUCUAUUGAUUGUUUAGACGAUUUAUUACGAGCUGGAAUUACACUGGCGGAAAAUGUUGUCGUAGUCAAUAAAGAAUUAUCAAAUUCUGCAGAGGAAGACAGUCUAGCAGACUGUAAUACAAUUGUCGCUGUUCAGACUAUGUUCAAAUUCUUCCCAUCAAUCAAAUCCAUAACGGAAUUAUCACAAUCAUCGAACAUGCGGUUUAUGCAAUUUAGAGCACAUGACAAAUAUGCAUUGCAUCUAUCCAAGAUGGAAAAGCGUGAAAAAGAACGUGGUUCCCACAUCUCCUAUAUGUUCAGACUACCUUUUGCAGCGGGCUCAGUGUUCUCAGCCUCGAUGUUGGAUACUCUUUUAUAUCAAGCAUUUGUUAAAGAUUACGUCAUCACAUUUGUACGUCUUUUAUUGGGAGUAGAUCAGGCUCCUGGAUCAGGUUUUCUUACUUCAAUGAAAAUAACAAAAGAAGACAUGUGGAUACGUACGUAUGGUCGGCUUUAUCAAAAAUUGUGUUCUACGACUUGCGAAAUCCCUAUAGGGAUAUAUCGCACACAGGACACAACAAUAGCCGACGCCGAUCAUCACGUGAGUAUGUCGCCACGGACACCAUCAAAAUGGUUUUGGUCACGCCUCGCGAGAAUGCGACCAUCGCGUGCAUCGUUGCAGCAGGACGAGGGAGAAGGUGGAGGAUUCCCGGCGUGCGGGCGCAGGGAGGCCACUGGCUGCCUCGGCGGCUGUUACGGAGAACGCACGCCGGCGUACUCUACAAGUCUGGCUGAUGAAGCACGUGAUAAUCAUGCACAACAGAUUGAAAGAGCUGAAAUAGCUAAUUUAGUUCGCUCUAGAAUGGAGUCAUUAAAUUUAACUGGUAUUGAUUAUGAUGACGUAAGCGAGAAACGUAAUAGCCUUUCUUAUGUAAUCAUCAAUCCAAGCUGCGAUUUGAACUUACAAGAGGGGGAUAUUAUAUACCUUGUUCGCCCUUCGCCGUUUUCUGCUCAGAAAACUUUUGAACGACACAACAGUAGAAGAAAAUCUAAUAUUAGCUUCUGCUCGCAAGCUUUGAUUCAAGCUCAAAACGUUGCCAGCAGAAGAGGUUCUGGCAUAGCAGCGAGCUUUACACAACCUCGUGCACCUCCACUCUCCACUACUAAAGCAAACUCACUUUCAUUACCUGAUAGUCCAACUAUUAUAACCGAUUUUCGUGGUCGUUCCAACUCGCUUAGAGUUGUUGAUGACAUAUUAUUGAGGCGUUCCAACUCUCUAAGACAAGGCCUAAGUGGAGUUGCUUCGCGGCGCCGAAAGAGUAGCCUUGAAGAAAUAGGUAUAUCUCAUUUUAAUUCCUUAUUGCAACAUCAACAGCAACAACAACAGCAGAAUGCAAAUGCAAUAAAAAUUGCUCUUAAUGGAAGUAUUGGACUGGAAGUGACGCCACCUGAAGAAAGCCCAUCAGAUCGUUUUCCAGGGCCCAGUAUCCCUCUUAGCGGCUAUCAAGAAGUAGAAGCUGCUUUACCAUCUACAUCUAUAGGUCCCAAUUUGUCGACCUCUGCAGCCACCAAUGACCCACAACAUCUCCAAGGGACUAUUGUAUGAUACCACCUAAUGUGGGGGCGUCGUCUCAGUUCCGUUAUUAGAAAUAAGUGGACUUAGAUCCGUAGGAUGACGGCAUCUGAUAGUUUCCCUUUCUAAAUUCAGCGGAAUUGUAUUAUCAUAGCGUCUCUACUUCGCACGUAGUUUUGAUUUAUUAGUGUUGGAACUGUGAAGUUGUGUACUUUCGAACAUAGUUGUCUAGGCAAAUGGAAUAUGAGCUGUGUAAUUUAAGCGGGAUCAACUAGUUACUUAAAUAUAUGGAAAUCAGCGUUCUGCUGUAUAUUAUAUAUAAGAUAUUAUUUAGUCUUUCUUCAUAAACACUGUAAAUAAACGAAUAGCUUAAUUAUUUACAAAUAAAUAAAUGUACAUAACGUGAUUAAGUCAAACGUACCCUUUAUAUCAGCUUUUAGAAAAAUACUUCUCUUAGGGCCACUUAAGCCUUUGUGGGUAGUAAAGUCGAAGAAACCCAAGAUAAUACGAUUAAUUAUCAAUUCUUCCUCGUCGCCUAUACAAUAGUCAUUUUCGUCGUCGCCUAACUACUCAGAUUGAGUAUUCCUUUAUAAGUUAUUGCUAAUUGGAGGAAAUUGAAAACGAACUGUCUCUGUGCUCAAAACGAAUUGAUAGAGAUGAUAUGCCAAUUGCAUCGCAAAUAAAUUAGUAUUUACCAAUUUCUUGAUAAACUACUAAGGAAAAAAUUAUUUAUAUUAUACAUAGUUAAAACUACUUAGGCGACAAAGAAGAAUAUUUAAUUAUAAUUUAAAGAGAAUGUGAUAUGAUCAUUAGGUGAUAUCACCAUGAAGGCGAGCAAUGUUGUAGAAUUAAUUUCGAUGAGAUGUUUUGAAGAUGGUACUCAGUUAAUUAGCGAAACUAAAAAAAUGUCGUGUCAAAACAUUCAAAAGCAAGAGAUUUAUUAGUUUCGUAUAUCGGUUGAGUUUUUUUUAUUAAUUAUUAAGAGUUAAUUGAUAUUCUACGCUGUCAAGUUAGAGCUGACUAAAGGCGUAAGCUGGCCUUUGAAUUUAGAAUUUACAGACCAAAUUAUCUAUAAAUAUAUCAAUCAAAUUGAAUUAUAUCUAGAUUCUACAUACACAUAUAAAUUAAGUAGUUUUGAUGACAGAUUUAAAUACUCAUGGUAUCAAAUCAGUUAACCAAAUAAUAAACUUCAUGUAUGUAAAACAAA